CCCUAUUUUUCAAAAACGCCACCGGCCCUUUUAUCAAGACAUCAGCAAACCUCCGCCGCGACCGCGUUUUGGGCGAGCCGGACGUAAAAGGCGCCAAACGCGCCCAUAGUCGCUAAUUGGCUCCCGAGGGUGAGGGUUUGGUGCGGAGCCGUAGGUAACUUCAAUCACUUCAGCAGCCGAAAUUGGUGUGAUGGAGCCGGAGGUUGGCUUGUUAAGAGGCAUUGGAGGAGCCAGCUUUCCGGAGAGCUGCUCGGAAGAGACCUCGGUCGACGGAGGCGAUGAAGAAGGUGAUUAUUUGGAGAACAAUGGGACGGGACCGCUAUCAAUUUCAACUAGCGCUACUGGACGUGUGUGUGAAACAAAUCGGAGGAUUUACUCGCGGAGCGAGAUGGAAGACUUAAGGUUUCUAGACAUCGAUGCACAGCGGCGGAUGUGGAAUGCAGUCUACGCUGGUAUGGAAUCUGACGUUGCCCGCGAGUACAGUAAGCUUUGGGUGCCAGAUGAUCAAAAGAAAGGGAACCAUGAAAAUUUAGUAUGGGACAAGUUAGUGAGAAAGAAGGAUGAUUUUGGAGCAGUGGGUGAGGUGUUCUCAUUGAAUAUGAUGGAAUCGGGCAUUUUCUUUUCCUCAUAUAAUGCUUAUGGUGAAACAUUGGUUGGUAGUGAAAAUUACACUAUCAAUGAAGUAUCAUUUUGUGACGAAAAUAAUGUUGUGGAGUUUGAAAUUGAUGACGUUGAUGAUGAUGACAGUGAUGAUGAAUAUGAAAGUAUUCAGAGGCCUGCUUUCCUGGUUGAGGGAGAACCUGAUUUUGAUUCUGGUCCCCCUUUAGAUGGCCUUGAGUACCUUAGGCGUGUGCGGUGGGAAGCUGCACACAUUCCAAAAGUGAAGGUAGCCGAGCUUAAUUUGACUAAGGUCUGCGGAGAGCAAACUCCUUAUAUGCCUGUUAUUGCAGGUAUCAAAGAAUGCCCAUUGAAUCUGUUACCUUCAAAGCAUUGGGAGGAUGGCUUCCUAGCUGAUUUUUCAAAGUUACGGCAGGCUUUUUCAGAGUUUGAAAAUUCUCGCACAACCAACGAGUCUCCAAAGCCUUCGGCUUGCAGGCAGGUGCCAAGAGGCGAUCCUACACUAACUGCAAUUCUCGCCAUGGAUGCGUCCUCGCGAGCUUCGAUUCUUCGAAGCAGCAUAAGCUCGUUCGAGGCAUCGAGCACCAUCUCAAGAACAGACUGCCUGUGGCUAUUCGCCCUCUCAGCAACUGUAGAUGCGCCACUGAAUGUUGAUACUUGUGCUUCUAUGAGAUGCCUGCUACGCAAGUGCUCGAGCCUUCUUGCUGCAAAAUCUCGAGUUGAUGAUGAGGUUUCAAUGCUCAGCAUUUUGAUCGCUAUAGCAGGGAAAUACUUUGGGCAAUCUGAGAAACGAUAGAUUUUGGCCUAUGGCUGGCCAUUCUUGUUGAUUUCAUGGUGAGUUCUCAAAGCAUAAAUCGUAGAUUUUCUUAACUUUAUUUCUGAUCAGUAUACUACACAUUCAAAUAUUUUUUAAGAAGUUUGUGUAUAUGAAUUUUUCUCUCUUUAAAGCGCUUGUAAAAUAGUGGAUGGGAAGAUAAAAAAAAAA